CCGCGGCCGCUUCCCUGGCGCCGAGCUCGGAGCGAGGCUGCGGUGACGAGCGGCGGCUGCGCGGCCAUGGGCGCGCCGGUGUCGCCCUAGGACGGGCGCGCAGAGACCGCAGCUGGAGCGGCCGCCUCGGCAGCGAGCCUUCUCGAGCGGCGGCCGCGGCGGGAGCAGCGCGGCCGGGAUGAGCGGGAGCGGCGCGGCGCCCGGCCCGGGCUCGGGCUCCUCCCCGGCCGCCUGCCGCUUCGCGCACUACUUCGUGCUGUGCGGCAUCGAUGCGGACAGCGGGCUGGAGCCCGACGAGCUGGCGGUUUUGUACCAAUGGCUAGAAGCAGAUCGUCAUGGCAAGAGCCAGGAUGCUGCAAAUACGACUUCAGGUGAAAAUUUUGACCAGAGUCCUUUGAGAAGAACAUUCAAAUCCAAAGUUCUGGCCCACUAUCCUCAGAAUAUAGAAUGGAACCCUUUUGAUCAAGAUGCAGUGAACAUGUUGUGCAUGCCUAAAGGGCUAUCUUUCAGAACACAAACUGACAAUAAAGACCCGCAGUUCCACUCAUUUAUAAUUACCCGGGAAGAUGGUUCUCGCACCUACGGUUUUGUUCUCACUUUCUAUGAAGAAGUUACGAGUAAACAGAUCUGCACAGCCAUGCAGACGCUCUACCAGAUGCACAACGCAGAGCAUUACAGCAGCGUGUACGCCUCGUCCUCCUGCAGCAUGGACUCGCUGGCAAGCAGCAUUGACGAGGCAGAUACAACUUCCCUUUUGAAACUCCAGCGCUACAACUCCUAUGACAUCAGCAGAGACACCCUGUAUGUUUCAAAAAGUAUAUGUUUGAUCACACCGCUGCCUUUCAUGCAGGCCUGCAAGAAAUUCCUCAUCCAGCUUCACAAGGCGGUUACCUCACAGCAGCCACCCCCCUUGCCCCUCGAGAGCUACAUCCACAAUAUUCUCUAUGAGGUACCCCUUCCACCUCCAGGGAGAUCACUGAAAUUUUAUGGUGUUUAUGAACCCGUCAUCUGCCAGAGGCCUGGGCCCAACGAACUCCCUCUCUCUGAUUACCCUCUUCGAGAGGCCUUCGAGCUCCUGGGAUUGGAGAAUCUGGUGCAGGUGUUCACCUGUGUUCUUCUCGAGAUGCAGAUCCUUCUCUACUCACAAGAUUAUCAACGCCUGAUGACCGUGGCGGAAGGCAUCACCACGCUUUUGUUCCCAUUUCAGUGGCAGCAUGUUUACGUGCCCAUCCUCCCUGCUUCUCUGCUACAUUUUCUUGAUGCUCCUGUCCCUUAUCUGAUGGGCCUUCAGUCAAAAGAAGGAACUGACCGUUCUAAACUAGAACUUCCUCAAGAGGCUAAUUUGUGUUUCGUGGAUAUUGACAACCAUUUUAUUGAGUUGCCUGAAGAAUUUCCACAGUUCCCCAAUAAAGUGGAUUUUAUCCAGGAACUCUCUGAGGUUCUUCUUCAAUUUGGGAUUCCUCCUGAGGGCAGCCUACAUUGCAGUGAGAGUGCCACCAAACUGAAGAAUCUGGUUCUGAAAGACUUGGUCAAUGACAAGAAGAAUGGCAACAUCUCCGCUAAUAACAUCAGCAUGUACGAGUUACUCAAGGGCAAUGAAACCAUAGCUCGCCUCCAGGCUCUGGCCAAGCGGACCGGUGUGACCGUGGAAAAAAUGGACCUCUCUGCCCCUCUGGGUGAAAAAGAAAAGGAUGUAAAAUUACAAUGUGAAGAGGCAGAACUAAGGGACUACCAACUCAAUGUCCAGCUCCGAGAGGUCUUUGCUAACCGGUUUACACAGAUGUUUGCAGAUUACGAAGCGUUUGUGAUUCAGACUGCCCAGGACAUGGAAUCCUGGCUGACCAACCGGGAACAGAUGCAGAACUUUGACAAAGCUUCGUUUCUGUCUGACCAGCCUGAGCCUUACCUGCCAUUUCUUUCACGGUUCAUUGAAACACAGAUGUUUGCCACCUUUAUUGAUAAUAAAAUUAUGUCUCAGUGGGAAGAGAAGGAUCCUUUGCUUCGGGUCUUUGACUCCCGGAUUGAGAAGAUAAGACUGUAUAAUGUAAGGGCACCCACCUUGAGGACGUCUAUAUAUCAGAAAUGCAGCACUUUAAAAGAAGCAGGUGAACUCUUUAAGCAGAGGCUAUCUGCUGUUGACAUUGUGGCACCAGAACCUCAUGAUUUCUGUGCAGAAAGACAAGAAGUUGAUACCCAGUCAAUUGAGCAGCGACUGAUGAAAAUGGAUCACACUGCAAUCCACCCACAUCUACUUGAUAUGAAAAUUGGUCAAGGCAAAUAUGAGCAAGGAUUCUUUCCAAAGUUACAGUCCGAUGUCUUGGCAACAGGACCAACUAAUAACAAUCGCUGGGUAAGUCGGAGUGCCACCACGCAGCGCAGGAAAGACCGCCUUCGCCAGCAUUCCGAGCACAUUGGACUGGACAACGACUUGAGGGAGAAAUAUAUGCAAGAGGCACGAAGUUUAGGAAAAAACCUGAGGCAACCCAAAUUGUCAGACCUCUCUCCCGCAGUGAUUGCACAAACCAACUGUAAAUUUGUGGAAGGCUUAUUAAAAGAAUGUAGAAUGAAGACAAAGCGCAUGUUGGUGGAGAAGAUGGGACAUGAAGCAGUGGAACUGGGCCAUGGAGAAGCAAACAUAACUGGCUUGGAGGAGAACACCUUGAUCGCCAGCCUCUGUGACCUGCUGGAAAGGAUAUGGAGCCACGGCCUGCAGGUUAAGCAGGGGAAGUCGGCUUUGUGGUCACAUUUAAUUCAAUUUCAGGACAGAGAAGAGAAACAAGAGCACCUUGCAGAAUCACCAGUUGCCCUGGGACCAGAAAGAAGAAAAUCUGACUCAGGAAUUAUGUUGCCAACUCUCAGGGUCUCUCUUAUCCAAGACAUGAGGCAUAUUCAAAACAUGAGUGAGAUCAAGACUGAUGUGGGACGGGCUCGGGCGUGGAUCAGGCUGUCUCUGGAGAAGAAGCUGCUGUCCCAGCAUCUCAAGCAGUUGCUCUCUAACCAGCCGCUCACCAAGAAACUUUAUAAGCGUUAUGCUUUUCUACGUUGUGAAGAAGAAAGAGAGCAGUUUCUUUACCAUCUUCUUUCCCUCAAUGCUGUGGACUAUUUCUGCUUCACCAGCGUGUUCACCACUAUCAUGAUUCCAUAUAGGUCAGUGAUCAUCCCAAUCAAAAAGCUGAGCAAUGCGAUCAUCACCUCGAACCCUUGGAUCUGUGUGUCCGGAGAGCUGGGAGACACGGGAGUCAUGCAGAUUCCCAAAAACCUCCUCGAAAUGACUUUUGAGUGCCAGAACUUGGGGAAGCUGACAACUGUUCAGAUUGGUCACGAUAACUCGGGACUGUUAGCCAAAUGGCUAGUGGAUUGUGUCAUGGUCAGAAAUGAAAUCACAGGACAUGCAUACAGGUUCCCAUGUGGGCGGUGGCUGGGGAAAGGCAUUGAUGAUGGAAGCCUGGAGAGAAUUCUUAUUGGAGAAUUGAUGGCAUCAGCGGCAGAUGAGGAUCUGGUAAAGCAGUGUCGGACUCCACCCCAGCAGAAAUCACCCACCACGGCUAGGAGACUAAGCAUCACUUCGCUGACAGGAAAAACGACCAAACCCAAUGCUGGACAGAUCCAAGAAGGCAUUGGAGAAGCAGUGAACAAUAUUGUCAAACAUUUUCACAAACCUGAAAAAGAGAGAGGAAGCCUCACUGUGUUGCUGUGUGGGGAAAGUGGCCUGGUUGCAGCCCUCGAACAAGUCUUCCACCAUGGGUUCAAAUCCGCCCGCAUCUUUCACAAGAACGUCUUCAUCUGGGACUUCAUAGAGAAAGCGGUUGCUUAUUUUGAAACCACUGACCAGAUUCUAGACAAUGAAGAUGAUGUCCUUAUUCAGAAAUCAUCCUGCAAAACCUUCUGCCACUAUGUAAAUGCUAUUAAUACUGCACCCAGGAACAUUGGAAAGGACGGCAAAUUCCAGAUAUUAGUUUGCCUUGGAACACGGGAUCGCCUGCUCCCACAGUGGAUUCCACUGUUGGCCGAGUGUCCUGCCAUCACCCGGAUGUAUGAGGAAAGCGCCCUCCUGCGCGACCGCAUGACUGUCAACUCCCUCAUCCGCAUUCUGCAGACCAUUCAGGACUUCACCAUAGUCUUAGAAGGAUCGCUCAUCAAAGGAGUGGAUGUGUAACCCAGCUGGCUAGACACUCUCAGUCCAGACCCCUCGCUUCUGAACGUUCCCAGCUCUGGGCACCGAUUUGGACUUGUCUGACGAGGCAGUGAGUCACUGCAGGGGGCAACACGCCGGAUCCCCAGACUGAACAAUCCUCACGUGCCAGACAAGGCAAAAUGUUGUAUUGUAGUUCAUUUGAACCCGGAAUUUAGUAUAAAAUAGAGUAUUUUCAUGUGUUAGAUGUGUGUAAAUAUACUAUCUUCUUUAAGAAAUUAUAUUACUCUAAUAAGAUACUUUUCUUAGAUUGAAUAUUCCCGUGACUUAAGUAGCUGAAAAGCGCCAGGAUUGGUGGGGGAGAGUGGUGCUAGUCAGGAAGAAGCCAGGAAACCUGUAAAUACAGUGCAACCUAGUCGGGCCUUUUUUCCCUCCAGGUAUCGCAGCAGAACCCAGAACGCAUUGUUUUGCCGUAGCCAUCCAUCCUUCCAUCCUGGUGUCUGAUCCUUUGUAUUGUGAAUGUAAACAGCUUUACCUACUGUACAAGAUAGUUCUCACUGUAUCUUUUAAGUUACAAAUGGUUUCAUACAAUUGAAUUGAGUCACUUUUCCAGUCCUGAGAAAAAUUUUUUCCGUCGGCACAAGAUGAAGAUAUAAUUCAAAUAUUUUAAAUACUGGACCCCAGGAGCUUGGCUGAACUGGAAAAAGAACACACAAAGCCCUGAGAAGUUGUUAAAUUGUGGGAUUAUAACUUCUUUACACUUUGGAAAGAUUAGCCUAGACUAACUUCAUUCUUGGCAUUUUUAUUCUUGUUACUGGAGGUACUUUGGGGAAAUGUGAAUUUCAAAGGGUUGGCCUCAUAGUCAUAAGAACUGCAAACAGCAGUUUGAUUCUGUACUUUUAGUUUAGCCAUCUAAAAGCGGUCCCUUACCUCUGAAGGAUAACCACAAGCCCCGUCUUUGUUAGGUCCCAGCCACCCCUCCCCUCGCCCUGGGCCCAUCCCCCUCUCAGGAAAUGGAAGGAAUGUCUAAGAAGGAGGAGGGCUGUGUGUGGCUUGGAAUGUUUUUGUGAAAGUAUUUGUUGACCAUGAUAAUGCAAAUAACAGAAGGAGAGAGAAAGAAUGAACCCUUUCUGGGUGGUUCAGGGCAAGCUUUAUGUUCCUUUGUAAGAAGGGGUAAUAAGGUAAAACGAGUGACCCACAGAAGGUAAAAGCCGGUGCAGCCCAGGCUGGCAAAAUGAAAGCAGAACAAGAGGCGACAGUCUUGAAAGACCAAACGUUGUGAGUAACUUUCCAGUUUGGUGUUUUAGAAGGAAGUUAUUGUGGUAUCAGCUAGUUACAUGAAGCCUUCAUCCUAUGGUAGGCCCUGUAACUCGAAUUAGGCAUGUGCACGUUGUUAGCAGUGAAGCUGCCUCAGCCGGGCUCAGGUUUUAUUGCCUGUUGUGGCUGAGAAGCAAAGCCCGGCCUCUCAGGAGCCUUGUGCAUGCGGAGGGUCCUAGGCUGUAGCCAACAGUGUUGUUUCCCUUAUUUCCUGGAGGAAGAAACCAAUGCAACAAGUGCCUCCCUCCCUUCAUCGAGCACUGUAUUCAGCCGGGCAGCCCAGCCGCAUCCCCUUUAAUACGUAAUAUGUGACUUAGUACUUGAGGAGGAAAGGGGCAGGCGAAGGCCGCAUUUAGAAACCCACGGA